AUGAUUUGCGCUGUAUUCGGCCUGUUAAGCCUUAUUGGCCGGAUGGCGGAAGUUGCUCCUCGGGAAGACGAUGAUAGUAGACCUCUUCCAACGGCCGAUUUGAUGGGUUACAAUGCACUGGGAAUUGUGUUUGGACCAUUACUGGUCGGAGACCUGCUAGAUCAAUACACCAUGAAGGUUGCAACCCCGAACACUGGAUUGCUCGUAUUUCCGUUAAGUCCUCCACGAUUUCGAAGAGAACGACGCAAGCCGACUCAGCUCGAUGCCAAAUCCUCAGGGCCGCCGACUGUUGACAAGAUACUGGUGGCCAACAGCAUAACAGAAAUGCUAAUCGCCAACUGGAGAGAUGUGGUCCGCCAGAUGAAAUCCCUCGGCACGCACUGCCGGAAGGAUACAUCUCUCGUGGACCUGGUAAGCAAAGACGAAAAGCCGCCGUCUCCACAGGGAUCUACCUUGAGAGCUCAUCAGAACUGUGAUGGAGGAGACAAUGGAAUAAGGAGAGACGAAGGCAAUGAGCGUCGCGAAGUGUUUGAACCCCCGGUGCCUGGACAAAGGAAGCGACGACUGAAAGUUCUCAGGCGAUCUACGUCUCAAAGGCUAAACCCAAAGAUGAGCUUUGCCACAUUGAGUCCCACGAAGGAAGAAAGCAUGGGAGACGACGAGUCAACUGACGAAAACGAAAACCGCCAGAUCAAGGAGAGUGUCAUUCAACGACUGCAGAAAGCCAAAGAAAAUCGAAAAUACAAUAAGGCUGCCAAAGUACCCAAUACUGAUACACUAUGCCACGAUGCUGUAGAAGGCGGGCCGCGUUCUGGCCCUCGUCUGUCAACUGCCGAGGACAAUAUUGCGCCUGAAGUUGUUUCGGGUACAGAGCACGCACAAGUAUACCUAGAGAGUGUCCCGCCCAGGGAAUCAUCGAGAAAUGCGGCGUCACACGAUGGAACAGACAUAUCUUUGCGACAAACGACCUCACAGCGAAGCGUGAACUCGGCAAGAUUGUUGGAUGAUAUUGCGUCUGACUCCAGUCGCUCUACGCAAACACCAAGGACAAGACGGCUAUCACUGACGUCUAGUGUGCGAAGCGAAACCCCAAAGCCACCUCCAGGUCGAACGAGCCCGGUUUCGCCAUCGUUGAUUUGCCCAACAGUGAUGCCUGAAGGGGGCAUCCGGCUUGUCCAACAAACACCUGCCCAAAAUCCUAAGGCCGAGCUCAUGCGAAACGGGCGUGCCUCUCCUGGUAUUGGCGCGUCAUACGUGUCUCAAGACCAGGGCGUUCAGUGCGAUAUGCUUCCGGAGAGCAAGGCACGGCAUUCGAUCGACGUUACUCCUGAACGCUUCUACACGUAUGGGAAGGUGCUGGGAAACGAGGCCAGGAUGUCUCUGGACAGUAUACAGCAGCUCGCGACCAGACAAAAACCGCGUGCUGUAAUACCCCAACCGAGACUGUCGAAGUCACAUGAGAACUUGAGAGGCCAAACAACAGUCAUGCGGCAAUCGCCAAUAGAGUCUACUGAGUCCAAGGGCCUAAGCAAACGUGGGUCUGUAAAAACAAUGGCGGCAAUGUUCGAAACACAAACCACUGGCCGGCAAUCACCAAGCGUUACGGAAGACGCAGCUGAAGCAAGAAAUGACAGCAAAAGGCAAACUCGAAAGAGACAUUCGAAGUCGGAUUCGGCGUGGACGCAUCACGUCUUUGAUCCGAUGAUUGAAUCAGGGCAGGAAAACCCUGGGGGAAGUACGGCAAGAGGUCACCCAACGGAGCUCCACCAAGUUUUCAGAGGAAUACUUAAUGAUGGGCUUAAAGGAGCAGGCUUGGAACGCGAAGUAGAGGGGGGCUUCCAGGAUGCCACGAGCUAUAGCCCUUCCAAGUUGCUUGGAAGGGCGGGAACCGGGACGGUGGAUGAGAAGGCGCUCAAGGCAGUUCCAAGCUUGGGCACCAUGGUGCCUUGCCGCGAACAACCGCCCGUCGCGCAUCACUUGAAUUUGGCUCGACCGGCCUCGUCGCCAUCUCCGAUGCAGGAACCGGAGCUUUACACGGUGAUGGACAUUGUUUCGACGACACAAACACCCCGACCUCGAAGUGCUACCGUUCUCUACACCCAGAUCCGCAAUCUUCAACGGCAGUUGAAUUCAAAGACGGAAGAAGCAGCUCAAUUGAGAAGGCAGCUCGAGGCACAAAAGGACUCCGACGUUGGGACUGUCAGCGAGCAACUGAGACAGGCGAAGAGGGCUGUUGCGACGUGGAAAGAAAGAGCCGAGACGGCUGAGCGGAGGGUCAAAGUGUUUGAGAAGUUUGUUGAGAAGCUGAAGGAAAUCCGGGACGCCAUCGCAGAUUCAAAUCCUUACGAGGCGGGCAAUGAAGAGGACAAGGGCUCUGAGCAGCAGCAGUCGCACAACGGCAGUCUCGGUAUUAGAAGGGCAAUCAACGCGCUACAUGUUGCAGACGGGACAGACGAUAAGGGCAAUGAUGGGAAAGAAAAUGAGGCUCCGACGGCGGCGGCGAAGUCGCAGAAGUGCCGGCAGGGGCUGUCGGCUGCACAAGAUGGGACACUGGACUCGGAUCUGGCGAGCAGCGCGACAGGCGAGGCGCAUGGCCGACAGAGUGGGUGCACUUGUUUGGCGAGGCGGAUGAGAAAGAGCUCGGAGCAGAUUUUGGCUGUGGCCGAGGAGCUUUUGCGGAUGCACGAAGACGACGCGGCGUCGAUGGUAGAAUGA